AUGUGCGUUAGUGCCAUUACGGGCACUGGGUUGAAUAGUGUUGAAGCGUCGACGUUGACGACCUUCCAGCAAGUUGUUAUGUUUGUCCUGCUCCUGCUAGGCCAUGCUAUCCUCAUCUCAAUUACUGUUCUUCAUGUUCGGAAACGAGCGUUCCAGCAUAAAUUCAAAGGCAUUUCUCAUGCUCUUGCGCAAAGGACUGCUCAGGGAGCGCCUGCGCCUAAUCUCUAUGAGGAGAGAAAUGAUGACAAAAGCCAUCCAAUGACACAAGACAUACCGAUGGAGAUUUCAAGUCGUUCCUCAGUUGGGAUUCACAUCCAGUCUGCGAACACCGAAGAGGGCGUCUCGUAUGAUCCUACGCCCAAGACUGGAGUUGACCAGUCCUCAAAUCUGAAGUUCGAAAAUGAUAGGGCCAGGAAUAGCUGCCACUCCUUGAAUAAAGCCCAGCUACUUCCCAUGGGCAUAUGGCGAGGCACCCAGAAGUAUUUUGAAUCUAAAGGGCUCAUCUCGCGAAACUCUCAAUUCCAUGGCCUGACAGCGGCAGAAAGAGACCGGCUCCAAGGUGUCGAGUACAAAGCUGUUUCGUUUCUGUCGGUAAUUGUUCCAAUAUACUGGGCAUCGUUCCUGUGCUGCGGCAUUCUGGGAAUGGGUACCUGGCUAGAGCUCAAUAAGCCGCAAGUUCCUCGGGACAACGGUCUGUCACCAUUCUGGACCGGAGCUUUUUUUGCUGUCUCUGCAUUCGUGAACAGCGGCAUGGGCAUUUUGGAUGCUAACAUGACAGCUUUACAGACAGAUGCCUACCCGCUUGUCACGAUGGGACUGCUGAUCCUUGCAGGAAACACCCUCUACCCCUGCUUCCUGCGCUUGAUAAUCUGGACUAUGAGGAGAAUGAUGCCUAAUCGACCCGCGUGGAAAACAUGGAGGGUCACGUUGGAUUUCAUAUUAGACCAUCCUCGCAGGGUGUAUACAAACCUUUUUCCCGCCCGCCAUACAUGGUACCUUGUAGCCACUGUCAUCAUAUUCAACGGCAUCGACUGGGCUGGCUUUGAGGUACUCUCGAUCGGAAACAAGGAGAUUGAGGGACUGCCAACUGCCUACCGUAUCAUGGACGGCCUGUUCCAAGCAUUAGCCGUCCGAGCGGGAGGAUUCUCAGUUGUCACAAUUUCCGACCUGCGCCAGGGACUGCUGGUCUUAUACGUUCUCAUGAUGUACGUCUCGCCAUUCCCCGUACUAGUCACGAUGAGGCACACAAACGUCUACGAAGAACGCUCCCUAGGGAUCUACGCAGAAGACGAAACCCUCUACGACUCCAACCAGCGUCCCUCAAACAACAUCACCGACCUCGUGCGCCGCCAUCUCCUCCUCACAAAGGAAGGCACACGUCGCCACUUCCUUCGCGAGCAGCUAAAAGACCAGCUGAGCCACGACCUGUGGUGGAUCGCGCUCGCCGUGUUCUUCAUCUCCAUCAUCGAGUCCAGCAACUACACCAAAGACCCCGUGGGCUACUCGACCUUCAACAUCCUCUUCGAAGUGAUUUCCGCCUAUGGCUGCGUCGGCAUUAGCACGGGAUAUCCUGGCAGGGAUCUUUCGUUCUGCGGCGUCUGGCAUUCGCUUAGCAAGCUUAUUCUUGCGGCGGUUGCGUUGAGGGGAAGGCAUCGGGGUCUGCCUGUUGCUAUCGACAAGGCGAUUAUGUUGCCGAGUGAGUCGAAUGCUCAGGCGUGGGCUGAAGAGGAGGAUGCCGUAUUGCGGAGGGAGCAGGUUGGGCCUGGGGCUGUAUGA